AUGCGCACUGCGGUCGCCCUGUCUAAAGAAAGACAAUCAUCCUUCCUAGGACCAGCGUUGGGCAAUUUGGCUGCGCUGUUGUUGGAACGAUUUAAAUCAACAGGGAGAGAUGCCGGGUUGGACGAAGCUGUGCAAAUGACAUACUGGGCUUUGGAUUGUUUAUCAGACGGUGACCCAGAUCGUGCUCUCGUCCUUGCUACCCUUGGUAUUAUACUGUCUAGCCAGUAUGACUGUUUGAGCAGACCUCAGGACCUGGAAGAUGCUAUCUACAGUCUGCAGAUUGCACUUCAGACCUGGAGUCCCCGAGGCGAUGGCACAUUUCCGGCUGCUGUGUCGAACAAUCUCGCCUGUGCCCUGGGGAGGCGCUACGAAUACACCGGGAGAAGGGAAGAUCUUAACGAUGCCAUCACAAGUGCUCUGGAAGCGACUCAAAUUGAGUUGUCAGAUGAUCCCACCCUGAUGGCCGCCGUGGGCUCGAACCUUGCCAAUCUAUUGGCGAGACAAUAUGAAUCUAUUGGGGAUUUCGAUAGCUUGAGCAACGCAUUAUUUGAGGCCCGCAUAGUCACCGAGGUUGCACCGGAAUUGCAACAGCUUGACGCCCUUCUCGGCCAUAUAAGUGGUUUGGCGGAGGGGCAACAUGCGCUGAGAACGCAAGCGACGACCACCACAAUAAAGGUGUCGCGCUGGAGAUAUACAUACUUGUUGAUGCUCUUUCUUUUCAUAUUCCUGUUGCCUAGGGUUUAUCCCAGGUCAUACUACCCACUUUGUGUGUUCCUGGGCGGUAUUAUGUCCCACUGGGCCGUUCGGAAAUAUUAUCAGCCAGUUUCCAGUUGUGAUAGGCGCGGUAAUCUGUUCAAAUCCGUCUCAACUUGGACUCAGAAUUCACUUUGCUCGCCAUAUGAUGAUUUGCAUUUUGCCCCAACGGUGGUUUCUACCCCAUGGAUUGAUAUCUCUUCUACUGUCGCCUUGAGGAGGUCGGAAGACGAGCCGUACAAUGGGGACAAAUUACGCAGACAAAAGUCAAUCCAUACUAGGCGUGUUGAGUCGAGAUGUGACCAAAGGUGGAGGACUGGGGCGAGAAGUCUAACUUCGACUCGCGAUAGAGAAGACGUUCCGAAUGAUAUGGACACCUUGUCCCGCGGGGUCAAUCAAAGACAUCGCACUCCGCUGUCCCACCUGAGCCCAGUGUUCACAGCAUCAAGAACAAAAUGCAAUGAAGACGGGCUCGAGAGCCAGAAGCAGCUCACCUACGAUAUUCGUGAGAAUUUAGAAGCUCGGAAUUUGAUGUUCCAAUCUUCAAACGAAAGUGAAUGCUCAGUGAAUCUUCUGUCCGCGCCUGAAAAGGAGGAAAGGGAUACCACUUUUUCCACCGAGUCAACGGGAGCUUGGGAUAAACAACAGCCAAUUUUGGAUAAUGCAAUAGACCAGGAGGAUAAGUCACCAUUCACCGAAGUCAGCUCACUCAAAGCCGGAACAGGACCCCUCACAACAGCAAACCAGCCCCAUCAAUCUCACCCAGACGUAGUACCAACCGAGGAUGCACUUAAUAACCUAAAGAAAGACUUCAAUGAUAAAUUCCACGAUCUAACGCCUGCCACAAAGGUUGACGAAGAAUCCUCGUCAUUCGAAGUCGUGGCCCAGGGUAAUACUUCAAACGACAUGAACAAAAACGAGGGCAAUGCUAUGGGGAAUAUCUACAGUGAGGAAGCACACGUUGUGGGGCAUCUCAGUCGUCACUAUGGUGAUAGAUUUGAGACGAGGAACAUUUCGGCAACUCUCCAUGGCCAUCAAAACUCUGGUGCUGAUCGGAUUUCGCCAGAUGCGACAACAAAAGAGUUACAUGCAGGAUAUAUACCACAGGACAGCGAAGAUGAAUUUCCCCGUGGUCUUGACAAAGGAGUAGCCAUUGAACGGCUAGGAGAUUACCAAGUAGUUCCACAACACAGGAACUCGAACGACAACCAUCCUGAUGGCCUUUCGCCAGAGCCAGGGGUCAAUCGAGAAAGUUUUUGGGGUGAUAGUUUCGAUACAAUGACAUGGCCAGGGAAGCUUGGCUCAGGAUCAAGUUCCUUUAGUUCCUUUGAGCCCCCAGUUGACUUUGUUGCUUCAAGUCCAGGGGCCAUUCCCUCGAAAGUUCCAAGAAAGCAUCGUGAUCGCGAGCUCUCUCCCCCAAAACCACAAAUACGACAGAAUCGAAGCUACUACGACCAAUUACAAGAUGAACGCAAGCCAUCUGAGAGCGCUAUUGACUCAGAUGAUGCCAUUUCCGGGCAUCCGAUGAUUCUUCAAGCAAAACGCCCUACGUUACGUCGAGCAGUUACCCCUUUAUAUUCCGCUACAUCUGAGACUGCUGACAGCAGUGACUUCCCAUCUGAUAUUGCUGAUAACGGACGUUAUUACCCAUCCGAUGAGAGAUGGCCAGAGAAAAAAAAGUACAGAGGGUCUCUUAGGCCCAAGCCACCUCUAGAACGGCCUGAACUUGACGACUACCUCUCAUCAUACUCCUUGAGCAGUCUAACAGCUGCCCAAGAACAAAUCAAGCACUCGAAGGGUACCGUCCCAAUUAAACCUAUCGCUUCCACAAAACCUGAAAGGAGGAACAAUGGAAGAACACCGGCAAAGGUGGUAAAGCAUGCGGUUGUUAAUCCCAUGCCCGCUCCAGCGCCUAAUCUUAAAAAAUUUGGUACUUCCUACGAGAAAGUUUCCGCACUUUCAGAAUACUUCAAAUGUACCAUAUUGCCACUUUGUGACAACUAUGGUACCAAUCUUCCAGCCGAUGCGAGGAAACGUGAAUUUGAGUACAGGCAAUUAAGCGAGAUUGUAUUGAGUCAAGUGAUACUGAAAGCCGAUGGCAUUAUAUCAAACGAUGGGACUACACGUGCUGCGCGCCGCGAAUUGAUAAAAGAAGCCGAAUCUGCCCUAAAUAAGAUCGAUGCUGCAUUUAAUCUUUAUUAG